AUGGAAGCAAGCUCGAACGCCGAGAGACUCAGCGGUUUUCGUCAAGGGUUCCCUGACACGUUUGGGGGCUUCUUCAGAGACCGGCGCGGCUCCAUGAAGCGCAUGGCCUCUUUUGUGAUGAAUUCUCCCCCAGACGUCGGGUCAAACACUCGAAUUCUUGCAGUCUGUGGAAUCAGCGACGCGUUCGACGAUGCAGCCAGCCCAACCCAAGAUGGCUGGUUUUAUUCUGAUUUUUUCGCGUUUCACACCCUUCUGCACGGGCAGGGCGCGUCACAGACUUGGUGCUGCAGCGAUCAGCCGUCUGCACUACUCCACAAGUAUGGCCCUUAUUUACAUGGAAACCCGUAUACCCAACGGCGUGUAGUUCUCAAUCAACAUCUUCUCGAAACAGAGCUCGACGACGUGCGUGUGAUACCUUCUUCUACUCUCUUGUCGAGUUUCCUUGACAUCCUGCGCGAAGAAUCCGCGUUGGCCCUACGGUUAAAGCAGCCGCUCAUCCUCUUCAUCUUUGCUCAUGGCGACGAAAUCACAAAGUCAGUCACUAUUGGGGGCGAUGCUAGUAGUGAUGAAGUAGAUUUCUCAUACACCACAGGGUGCGAAAACGACGUGAGUAUAUCGAUGGUUGCAGACAUCGUUGACCCGAGUGUUGACCUGACUGUAAUUUCAACAGCUUGUUUCUCCGGUGGCUGGGCGGUUACCUCAAUACUUGACGCAACUGUGUUAUCUGCUGCUAGAGACAAUGAGCCCAGCGAAUCGUGGGCGAGGAGUUCUUCGCUCUCUCGGGCCUGUGGAAGCAUCUAUGCCUCAACCUUAAUCAAAGCACUCGCAAUGGAGACCUCAACUGAACAACAAGAACUUUCUUCACAGCAAACCUCCUCUGAUAUUGCUACUGCUUCUACCCAAGACGAGUCUAUCAUUCCAGAGAUGCAAUCAAAGACGUUUUCUGAAUUUGCCCGGACAGUACAUCAACUGCUGUUAACUAGUAUCGAUAGACUUGGGUAUCACCAUGACAUUCGAUUCAGUGCGCAAAAUGACGACUGGGAAAGUCAUUGGCGUAAGAGAACAGGUUUUCCUCUAGCUGAUUUCCAGUCAAAGUGGGAUAGCUUAGAUAUUGUUGAGGCACGCCCAACAACACUUCUAAAUCGAGACCCCUUGGCUGAAGACACAGAAAUAGACAACACCACACUAGCCGAUAUGAGAGGUGAAUAUGGUUCUUCAUCGUCAUAUAUAACAGGACUUCGCCGACUCGCUAGAAAAUACCUUCAAAGCUUUCCUGGCCGGGAUUCUCUGUCUCCAAAUACUAUGCUACAUCAACAAUGUUUUGAUCUCCUUGCUCGGAAAAGAGAAUUCAGCCCUGGUGAACUUGGCCGGAUUGAGUCUGCCCUACAAUACCGUAUGGGGAUGAGCUUUCUGGCUAACCAACUUGUCGUUGGCUUCUCCUUACCCCUUCCACAGGGCCUUUUUUGUGACGAGUGGGACGAAAAUAACAAGUUUAGCUAUGGCCAAAAAGAACGUAGCAGUCUCUUUCAUAGAUUGCUUUCGUUGUUUCCGUCAGCAAAUCCCAAUCAAGGAGUGAAGGGCUGGACCAAACCGUACUGGUACAUCGUCGCUGCACUGAUCGAGGCUGACCUUUCACCGCCCCAAGUUGACCGUAAAAUACAGCAACUCUUUGAAGCCGUUAAAGCAAUCCAACAGACACAGGAGGAUUCGCUGCGUCGACAUCCUCAAGUCAAAUCAAAACGAAGACGGUUGCUCAAGUCAUGUGGAGGGUUUCUACGACGUCUUUCGCCAUCAAAGCGAGGAGAGAGAUCUAUAAGCCCGCAGCGUCGUGAACCAAAGGAGCCAAUGAAUGAUUUGUAA